CAGUUUAGCUCACAAAGAUGCCAGGAAGGUGCUCAUUCAACAACGUUUGGCUGCACUUAGAGAAGUAUAAAUCAUGGCUGGAGAAGACGGAGGACAAAGGCAAGGCUAAAUGUGUCAUAUGCAAUAAGACGUUUGAUAUCUCUAAUAUGGGGGAGGCAGCAUUGACUAGCCAUGCUAAAGGAGCAAAGCACCACGCUGCUGUGACUGCCCGCGAAGCUAGCGCCAUCACGAGCUUUUUCCGACUACAGACAACCCCCCAGACGGCCACUGUGACACCGGCUGUUUGCAGCAGCAGUACUGCCACCUCCUCAUUGAAACAAGGGACUCUCUCAAAUGUUGUCACCAGAAAUGAAGUGCUAACGUCAGAAGUUUUAUGGGCGCUUAAGGUAGCUAAUGCUCACUUUUCAUACAAGUCAUGUGAAGACAUAAGCCAGUUUUUCCAGGCUAUGUUUCCAGAUAGCCAAAUAGCAACGAAAUUUGCUUGUGGCGAACGCAAAUGCGCAUAUCUGUGUACAUUUGGACUGGCGCCCUACUUUAAAGGACUCACUUUACGUCGAGUGUCAAAGCAAAGAUAUGUCAUGUUAUUUGACGAAAGCCUGAAUCACUACUUGCAGUCUAAACAGGUAGACAUGCAUGUGAGAGUGUGGGACAGGCCCGAGGUGAAAACGACGUACAUCGGCUCGGAGUUUCUGGGUCAUGCAACAGCUGCAGACAUUGUUGAGACACUGAACAACUUGCUUUCGGAGAUCGGAACUCGGAAUCUGGUCCAAAUCUCUAUGGACGGGCCGAACGUCAACUGGAAAGUGUUCGAAAUACUCCAGAAGCAAGUGGAGACUGAUGCGGGAAAGACGCUUAUCAACAUCGGCUCGUGCGGUUUGCACAUACUGCACAACGCAUUCAGGGAUGGAUGCAAAUCCACCGGAUGGGAAGUUGAACACGGACUCUCAAGUCUAUACUGGCUGUUUCAUGAUAGCCCAGCCCGACACGAAGAUUUUGUGAAAGCAACUGGAUGUAACACAACCAUGCUUAAAUUUUGCAAGCACCGGUGGGUGGAGAAUGUCAACGUUUCAGAGAGAGGAUUGCGGCUCUGGCCGCAUGUCAAAAACUACGUUGGGGUGGUAGGGAGAGGCGAGCUUCCCAAUCCAAAGGUGAAGUCAUUCGAGGAGGUGAAGAACCGAUGUGCUGACCCUCUUUUCACCGUGAAGGUGGCGACGUUUAACAGCAUUGCAAGAGAAAUCGACCCCUUUCUCACCUUGUAUCAGACGGACAAACCUAUGCUGCCCUUCCUCUGCGAGGAUAUGAAUAAACUGAUCAAAGGGCUCAUGGGCCGAUUUGUGGUGGACAAGCACCUGCAAGAGGCAACAUCUACACUCAAACUUCUGGAGGUGCCUUUCCAGGACAACAGUCUACAUAAGGAUGCUUCACAAAUUGACAUUGGAUUUGCAGCAGACACCAUCCUGAAGCAACUCAGAUCCUCAAAACAGGUGUCAGAGAGGCAGGCGAUCGAGGUGAGAUUGGACUGCAAGAGGCUUUUGAUCACCCUCCUGGAGAAGCUGCUGAAAAAGGCUCCAUUGCAGCACACAAUAGUGAGAAGCAUGCAGUGCCUCGACCCAAGACGCAUGGCUAAAUCCAAGGAACAGUGUGUGAAACAAAUGACAAGAAUGUUACACAUACUUGUUGAAUGUAAACACAUAGAUGAUGCAGUGUGUGAUGAUACCCUCAGAGAGUUUAGGGAGGUUUGUGAUAUGGCUCGUUGUCACGCUGCUUUCAGGGAGUUUGAUCCCAUCACAGAUAGAGUUGACAGCCUUCUCUACGAGACAGUGGGGACAAAGCCAUCUUUUUGCAGAGUGUGGGAUCUGAUGAAGCUUGUACUGGUCCUGUCUCAUGGACAGGCCAGUGUGGAAAGAGGAUUUUCAAUCAACAAAGAAUUGAUUGUGGAGAAUCAGAAAGAACUGUCUUUGAUGGCGCAGAGACUCAUUGUCGACCAUGUCCGAUCCGUUGGGGGUGUUACAAACAUUAACAUCACAAAAGAGCUGCUCAUGUCAGCAGCAGGUGCUCGACAGAAGUAUCAUGCCUACUUGGAUGAACAGAAAAGAGUCACAGAAAAGCAAACUGUUGAUCUGAAGCGGAAGGCCCUCAAUGAUGAACUCCAUGAUUUGAAAAAGAGGAGGGCUACAAUUGAGACUGAUAUUUGUGCCCUAGAAAAGUCAGCUGAUGAAUAUGCUGAGAAAGCAGAGACCACAAGCAAACUGACAUUCAUCGCCAAAUCCAACAGUUUCCGGCGUACUGCAAAAGAAAAGAAAGCUUGUGUGUGUGUGUGUAUGUAUAUGUAUGAAAAGACUGAAUUUCCCUCUUGGGGAUUAAUAAUAUAAAUAAAAAUGAAAUUUAAAAAACAUAAAGUUUUAACAACAAUAAUUCAAUUCAGUUUUAUUUAUAAAGCCCAAUAUCACAAAUCACAAUUUGCCUCACAGGGCUUUACAGCAUAUGACAUCCCUCUGUCCUUAUGACCCUCACAGCUGACACAAUAACAAGACAAGUCGCUGUUAAUUAGGAAGUACUCAUUUGGGGACGCUGGGACUUAAUUAUUUUACUUGAUUUUUGACGA